UGGACAGUCAUCGAGGCAGCGUGACAAUAGGCACCCACGUAAGUUUAUUCGGUGUGAUCAUGCCAAGGGGCACGAGCGCCUAUUUCGUGAUUAUUUCGCAGAAAAUCCAGUAUAUCCCUCGAAUCUAUUUCGAAGGAGAUUUCAGAUGAGCCGUCCCCUAUUUCUUCGUAUUCUAAAUGAGGUAGAGUCUUACGAGCCGUAUUUCGUCCAGAGAAGAGAUAAUGCCGGAAGACUCGGUUUAUCUUCUAUGCAAAAAAUAACCACAGCACUUAAAAUGCUGGCGUAUGGGGUUACUGGAGAUUUUAUGGAUGAAUACAUACGUAUCGGUGAAAGCACCGCAAUGGAGAGCCUAAAAAGAUUCUCUGAGACAAUAGUAAAUGUUUUUUCAAAUGAAUAUUUGCGUUCUCCAAAUGCUAAUGAUAUAGCCCGAUUGCUGUUGGUUGGUGAACAACGAGGAUUCCCAGGAAUGCUCGGAAGCAUUGAUUGCAUGCAUUGGAAGUGGAAAAAUUGUCCCGCAGCGUGGAAAGGUAUGUACUAUGGCCACAUCCAUGAACCAACUAUUAUUUUAGAAGCAGUUGCUUCAUAUGAUCUUUGGAUAUGGCAUGCAUUUUUUGGUAUGCCCGGUUCACAUAACGACAUUAAUGUGCUAGAAAGAUCUUUUAUUUUUACGGAACUUGCUCAAGGGCGUGCUCCUGCUGUCAAUUACACUAUCAAUGGCAACGACUACACUAUGGGGUAUUACCUUGUGGAUGGUAUUUAUUCCAAGUGGUGA